GCUCUCCGCUGGUUAGGGGGGACGGGGAGCGGUUGCUCUAGUUUUGAAGUCAGCGGAUGGAAACAUGAAGAAAACCACAAAUAUUGGGAAAAAAUAUAAUAAAUCCCAUAAGCUUGUUGAACUCUGUCAGCCAUCUGCAUCAGAUACAGACCAUGGUGAUGGCACUGUUGAGGAUUUGAAGCUGGGUGAUGUCAGCCUGCUUACAGAAGAUAGCAUGCAGCAAGAUGACCCGGAAGUGGCUGGAGAGGUGUCCUCAGCCGACUACAUGUGUCGUGAUGGACCUGCCACUGGAACGAAGGGCCAAGGAGAAGAAGGCGGCGCGCACGUCCCACUCCUGUGAUUUUGCAGGCUGUGACAAGAAGUUCCUAUCGUACCAUUCGCUGAAGUCUCACGCGAUGGUACACUCGGGCGAGCGUCCGCACGCCUGCCAGUGGGCCGACUGCGGCCGCACCUUCACCAGCUUCUACAGCAUGUCGGCCCACUGCCGCACGCACACGGGACAGCGGCCCUACGGCUGCACGGUGGCGGGCUGCACCAAGGCCUUCAAGACGUCGAGUGACCUGCGCCGGCACGCGCGCAUUCACACAGGCGACAAGCCGUACGCCUGCAGCUUCCGCGGCUGCUUCAAGAGGUUCUCGACGCUGGACAUCAGGAAGGUGCACGUCAGGACGCACACGGGUGAGAGACCUUACGUGUGUGAAUUUGACAACUGCUCGAAGGCGUUCUCGUCCCAGACGAACUACAAGAACCACAUGAGAACGCACACUGGGGAGAAGCCAUUUGUCUGCAAGCAUCCGGAUUGUGACAAGAGCUUUACGGAGUACUCCACCAUGUACAAGCACCAGAUGGUGCACCUACAGAGCUUCAUCGUGUGCGACGUGUGCAGCAAGAACUUCCGCAACAUGAGCACGUUCCAGUCGCACCGGGAGCGCGAGCACAGCUGGCUCGCUCCGCACCCGGCUUCUCAGGAACAAAAGGUCCUCUUGGCUUCAUCUGUAGCACUGGCAUGA